AUGAUUCCUGAAAUUAUUCCUACAAAUUGUUCCUGUUUUUAUUCCACAGUUAUUUCCGUCCAAAUUACUGAUAUUAUUUCUGCAAUUGUCCCUGCAAAUUGUCCGCGUUCUUAUUCCAACCUUUAUUCCACAGUUAUUCCUGUCCAAAUUACUGAUAUUAUUCUUAUAAUUAUUCCCACAAACUGGUCCUUUUCUUAUGCCCGCUUCUUUUCGACAGUUAUUCUUCUAUGUUCGACCUUCCUUCCUUCUUUCUUUCUUUCUUUCUUUCUUUCUGUUGAGGCCUUCACUUGUAGUCAUUGUUUCUUUCCUUGUUUCGAUUUUUCCGUGCGCUUUCUUUGUCUUUCUUUUUUCCUGAAAUCUUUCUUUAUUUCUUUCAGUCUUUCUUUCGUUGCUUUUCUUUCUUUCUUUGGCUUCUUUCCUUUCUUUCUUUUUUUAUUUAUUUAUUUCGUCUUUUGUCUUUCUUUUGUUGACCCUCUUUCUCUUUCUUUCUUUCUUUCUUCUAUAGAAUAUCGUGAAGGGAUCGUCAGUGGACAGGAAUAUCGUUUAGAGAUCGUUAGUGGUCAGAACUAUCGUGAAGGGAUCGUCAGUGGUCAGGAAUAUCGUAAAGGGAUCGUUAGUGGUAAGGAAUAUCGUUUAGAGAUCGUUAGUGGUCAGGAAUAUCGUGAAAGGAUCAUCAGUGGUCAGGACUAUCGUGAAGAGAUCGUCAGUGGUCAGGACUAUCGUGAAGGGAUCGUUAGUGGUCAGGAAUAUCGUUUAGAGAUCGUUAGUGGGCAGGAAUAUCGUUUAGAGAUCGUUAGUGGUCAGGAAUAUCGUUUAGAGAUCGUUAGUGGUCAGGAAUAUCGUGAAGGGAUCGUUAGUGGUCAGGACUAUCGUGAAGGGAUCGUCAGAGGUCAGGAAUAUCGUGGAGGGAUCGUUAGUGGUCAGGAAUAUCGUGAAUGGAUCGUUAGUGGUCAGGAAUAUCGUGAAGGGAUCGUUAGUGGUCAGGAAUAUCGUUUAGAGAUCGUUAGUGGUCAGGAAUAUCGUAAAGGGAUCGUCAGUGUUCAGGACUAUCGUGAAGGGAUCGUUAGUGGUCAGGGAUUUCGUUUAGAGAUCGUCAGUGGUCAGGAAUAUCGUGAAGGGAUCGUCAGAGGUCAGGAAUAUCGUUUAGAGAUCGUUAGUGGUCAGGAAUAUCGUGAAGGGAUCGUUAGUGGUCAGGAAUAUCGUGAAGGGAUCGUUAGUGGUCAGGACUAUCGUGAAGGGAUCGUAAAUAGUCAGGACUAUAGUGAAGGGAUCGUUAGUGGUCAGGAAUAUCGUUUAGAGAUCGUCAGUGGUCAGGAAUAUCGUGAAGGGGUCGUCAGUGUUCAGGAAUAUCGUUUAGAGAUCGUUAGUGGUCUGGAAUAUCGUGAAGGGAUCGUUAGUGGUCAGGAAUAUCGUUUAGAGGUCGUUAGUGGUCAGGACUAUCGUGAAGGGAUCGUUAGUGGUCAGGAGUAUGAUGAAAGGUUUGUUAGUGGUCAGGGAUAUAAUGAAGAGAUUCUUAGUCGUCAGAAGUUUCAUGAAGGGAUAUUUAGUGGUCACGAAUAUCAUGAAGAUUUCGUUAUUCGUGGUGAAUAUCAGGAACGAAUUGUUGGUGCUUCGCUGAUCGUAUGGGAACCGAUGUUUCAACGUGCUCUGGCCAUAAGCCUUUGCUAA